UUGUUUACCAGCAUUAACUCCGCUGAGCGGAAAAAAAAAAAAAAAAAAAAAAAGGGAAAAAACCCGAGGAGGAGCGAGCGCACCAGGCGAACUCAAGAGAGGCGAGCGAGCGAGAGGGACGCCGCCAGUGAGCCUGUCUCCGGCGCGCCCGUGCCCGGCGCUUGCAGACCCUCGGCCCCGCUCCCCGGGCCCUCCACGCCCCUCCCGCGCGAGGGGAGCUCCACGGCGCGUUGCGCGCCUCGGCUUUGACCUUCAGCGAGCCGGAGCCCCCGCGCGCGGAGCCGGCGGCGGCGGGCGGGGGCCGGGCGGGGGCCGGCGCGGAGCCCGGGCGGCGCGGCGGGAGUGCUGAGCGCGGCGCGGCCGGCCCGCCGCUUUGUGUGUGUUCUGGAUUUGGGAAGGAGCUCGCGGCGGCGGCGGCGGCGCUGAGGGAGGAGGCGGCGGCGAGCGGAGCCCGGAGGAGGAGGGGGAGCCGCUCAUUCAUUUUUACUCCGCAUUUCUGCCCCUGGCCGGCCUCACCCGCGACCCGGACUUCGGGGCAAUCUUGCGAACUGCGUCGCGCCCUCCAGCCGCGUAGGCUCGGGUGUCGGACAGCCUCCCCCUCUGCCUGGGGUCGGGUUUGUUUUUCCUCGCCGAGACGAAUUUGGGCUUUGCCCCCUUUCUGUGCAGUUUUCCCCCCCUGCUGCCUCUCUGGGUUUGAAAAUGGAGGCCGACGACGCCGACAGCCCGCCCCGGCGCGCCUCGGGUUCCCGACUCCGCCGAGCCCUGGGCCGAGGCUGCCGGCGCUGAGGGGCCGCCCCGCGCCGCCGCCCGCCCGCUCCGCGCACCCGGAGGGUCCCCGGCCGGCGCCGCCUUUGGAGUAUUGUUUCCUUCGCCCUGUUUUUGGAGGGGGCGAAGACUGAGUUUGAGACUUUUUCUUUCCCGUUUUUUUCUUUUUUCCUUUUUUCUUUCUUUUUUCUCUUUUUUUCCUUUUUUUUUUUUUUUUUUUUUUGAGAGAGGGGAAUUUCGUCUCAAAUAAAAGGAAUGAAGUCUGGCUCCGGAGGAGGGUCCCCGACCUCGCUGUGGGGGCUCCUGUUUUUCUCCGCCGCGCUCUCGCUCUGGCCGACGAGUGGAGAAAUCUGUGGGCCGGGCAUCGACAUCCGCAACGACUAUCAGCAGCUGAAGCGUCUGGAGAACUGCACGGUGAUCGAGGGCUACCUCCACAUCCUGCUCAUCUCCAAGGCAGAGGACUACCGCAGCUACCGCUUCCCCAAGCUCACGGUCAUCACCGAGUACCUGCUGCUGUUCCGCGUGGCCGGCCUCGAGAGCCUCGGGGACCUCUUCCCGAACCUCACGGUCAUCCGCGGCUGGAAGCUCUUCUACAACUACGCCCUGGUCAUCUUUGAGAUGACCAAUCUCAAGGAUAUUGGGCUUUACAAUCUGAGGAACAUUACUCGGGGGGCCAUCAGGAUUGAGAAGAAUGCUGACCUCUGUUACCUCUCCACGGUGGACUGGUCCCUGAUCCUGGAUGCCGUGUCCAAUAACUACAUCGUGGGCAACAAACCCCCAAAGGAAUGCGGGGACCUGUGUCCGGGGACAAUGGAGGAGAAGCCCUUGUGCGAGAAGACAACCAUCAACAAUGAGUACAACUAUCGUUGCUGGACUACAAACCGUUGCCAGAAAAGCACGGCGCUCAUCUCGGAUCUCUCUCUCAGUUCUGUGCCCAGUCCGUCAGGUUCAGCAGACAUUUGCAGAUUGCCGCCCUCUGCCAGGCACCACGCUCAGCUCUGGAGAUCUGAAGUGUGCCCGAGCGCGUGCGGGAAGCGGGCGUGCACCGAGAACAACGAGUGCUGUCACCCCGAGUGUCUGGGCAGCUGCAGUGCGCCCGACAACGACACGGCCUGCGUGGCGUGCAGGCAUUACUACUACGCGGGCGUCUGCGUGCCCACCUGCCCGCCCAACACCUACCGCUUCGAGGGCUGGCGCUGCGUGGACCGCGACUUCUGCGCCAACAUCCCCAACGCCGAGAGCAGUGACUCCGAGGGGUUCGUGAUCCACGACGGCGAGUGCAUGCAAGAGUGCCCCUCGGGGUUCAUCCGGAACGGCAGUCAGAGCAUGUACUGCAUCCCUUGUGAAGGUCCUUGCCCCAAGGUCUGUGAGGAAGAAAAGAAAACAAAAACCAUUGAUUCUGUUACCUCUGCUCAAAUGCUCCAAGGAUGCACCAUCUUCAAGGGCAAUUUGCUCAUUAAUAUCCGCCGAGGCAAUAACAUCGCCUCAGAACUGGAGAACUUCAUGGGGCUCAUCGAGGUGGUGACAGGCUACGUGAAGAUCCGCCAUUCUCACGCCUUGGUCUCCUUGUCCUUCCUAAAAAACCUUCGCCAGAUCUUAGGAGAGGAGCAGCUAGAAGGGAACUACUCCUUCUAUGUCCUGGACAACCAGAACUUGCAGCAGCUGUGGGACUGGGACCACCGCAACCUGACCAUCAAAGCUGGGAAAAUGUACUUUGCUUUCAAUCCCAAAUUGUGCGUCUCUGAGAUUUACCGCAUGGAGGAAGUGACAGGGACUAAGGGGCGCCAGAGCAAAGGGGACAUAAACACCAGGAACAACGGAGAGCGAGCUUCCUGUGAAAGUGAUGUCCUGCAUUUCACCUCUACGACCACGUGGAAGAAUCGCAUCAUCAUAACAUGGCACCGUUACCGGCCCCCCGACUACAGGGACCUCAUCAGCUUCACUGUCUACUACAAGGAAGCGCCUUUUAAAAACGUCACGGAGUAUGAUGGGCAGGAUGCCUGUGGCUCUAACAGCUGGAACAUGGUGGAUGUGGACCUCCCUCCCAACAAGGACGUCGAGCCUGGCAUUCUGCUGCAUGGACUGAAGCCCUGGACGCAGUAUGCUGUGUAUGUCAAGGCGGUGACCCUCACCAUGGUGGAGAACGACCACAUCCGUGGGGCCAAAAGUGAAAUCUUGUACAUUCGCACCAAUGCCUCAGUUCCUUCCAUUCCCCUGGACGUUCUGUCCGCGUCCAACUCCUCCUCCCAGCUCAUCGUGAAGUGGAACCCGCCCUCCCUGCCCAACGGCAACCUCAGUUACUACAUCGUGAGAUGGCAGCGGCAGCCUCAGGACAGCUACCUUUACCGGCAUAACUACUGUUCCAAAGACAAAAUCCCCAUCAGGAAGUACGCCGACGGCACCAUCGACGUGGAAGAGGUGACGGAGAAUCCCAAGACCGAGGUGUGCGGCGGAGAGAAGGGGCCUUGCUGCGCCUGCCCCAAAACCGAGGCCGAGAAGCAGGCCGAGAAGGAGGAGGCCGAGUACCGCAAAGUCUUCGAGAACUUUCUGCACAACUCCAUCUUUGUGCCCAGACCUGAAAGGAAGCGGAGAGACGUCACACAAGUCACCAACACCACCAUGUCCAGCCGAAGCAGGAACACCACGGUGGCAGACACCUAUAAUAUCACAGACCCAGAAGAACUCGAGACAGAAUACCCUUUCUUUGAGAGCAGAGUGGAUAACAAGGAGAGAACUGUAAUCUCUAACCUCCGGCCUUUUACUUUGUACCGCAUUGACAUCCACAGCUGUAACCACGAGGCUGAGAAGCUGGGCUGCAGCGCCUCCAACUUUGUUUUUGCAAGAACCAUGCCUGCAGAAGGAGCAGAUGACAUUCCUGGGCCGGUGACCUGGGAGUCGAGGCCUGAAAACUCCAUCUUUCUAAAGUGGCCGGAACCUGAGAAUCCCAAUGGAUUGAUUCUAAUGUAUGAAAUAAAAUAUGGAUCACAGAUCGAGGAUCAGCGGGAAUGUGUAUCGAGACAGGAGUACAGGAAGUAUGGAGGUGCCAAGCUUAACCGGCUCAACCCCGGGAACUAUACGGCCCGGAUCCAGGCCACCUCUCUCUCUGGGAAUGGGUCCUGGACGGAUCCUGUGUUCUUCUACGUCCCAGCCAAAAUAACGUAUGAAAACUUCAUCCAUCUGAUCAUCGCUCUGCCCGUUGCUGUCCUGUUGAUAGUGGGAGGGCUGGUUAUAAUGCUGUAUGUCUUCCACAGGAAAAGAAAUAACAGCAGGCUGGGGAAUGGAGUGCUGUACGCUUCCGUGAACCCAGAGUACUUCAGCGCCGCUGACGUGUAUGUACCUGACGAGUGGGAAGUUGCUCGAGAGAAGAUCACCAUGAGCCGAGAGCUGGGGCAGGGCUCAUUUGGGAUGGUAUACGAAGGAGUUGCCAAAGGCGUGGUUAAAGAUGAGCCAGAAACCAGGGUGGCCAUUAAAACAGUGAACGAGGCCGCGAGCAUGCGUGAAAGGAUUGAAUUUCUUAAUGAGGCUUCAGUGAUGAAGGAGUUCAAUUGUCACCACGUGGUGCGGUUGCUGGGCGUAGUGUCCCAGGGCCAGCCGACGCUGGUCAUCAUGGAACUGAUGACACGGGGGGAUCUCAAAAGCUAUCUCAGGUCUCUGAGGCCAGAAAUAGAGAAUAAUCCAGUCCUAGCACCUCCAAGCCUAAGCAAGAUGAUCCAGAUGGCUGGGGAGAUUGCAGAUGGCAUGGCAUACCUCAACGCCAACAAGUUUGUCCACAGAGACCUUGCUGCCCGGAACUGCAUGGUGGCCGAAGAUUUCACGGUCAAAAUCGGAGAUUUCGGUAUGACGAGAGACAUCUACGAGACAGACUACUACCGGAAAGGAGGAAAGGGGUUGCUGCCUGUGCGCUGGAUGUCCCCCGAGUCUCUCAAGGAUGGAGUCUUCACUACUCACUCCGACGUCUGGUCCUUCGGCGUCGUGCUCUGGGAGAUCGCCACGCUGGCCGAGCAGCCCUACCAGGGCUUGUCCAACGAGCAGGUCCUUCGCUUCGUUAUGGAGGGCGGCCUUCUGGACAAGCCGGACAACUGCCCCGACAUGCUGUUUGAGCUGAUGCGCAUGUGCUGGCAGUACAACCCCAAGAUGAGGCCUGCCUUCCUGGAGAUCAUCAGCAGCAUCAAGGACGAGAUGGAGCCCGGCUUCCGGGAGGUCUCCUUCUACUACAGCGAGGAGAACAAGCCGCCCGAGCCCGAGGAGCUGGACCUGGAGCCCGAGAACAUGGAGAGCGUCCCCCUGGACCCCUCCGCCUCCUCGUCCUCCCUGCCGCUGCCCGACAGACACUCAGGACACAAGGCCGAGAACGGCCCGGGCCCUGGCGUGCUGGUUCUCCGAGCCAGCUUCGAUGAGAGACAGCCUUACGCGCACAUGAACGGGGGACGCAAGAACGAGAGGGCCUUGCCCCUGCCCCAGUCUUCGACCUGCUGAUCCUUGGCUCCCGAUUCCCGUGCAGACAGUAAUGUGUGUGCACGCUGGGUGGCGGGGGGU